GACUACAGCAUGUCUACGCAAGUUAUCAACUCUUGGGCCGACGCCGAAGAUGACGUGCCAGCCCCCGAAGUGACCACCAACCCAGAUGGCACCAAGACGGUUGUCAGCUAUAGACAAAACCAGAAGGGCCAGAAGAUCAGAGUCACCCAAAAAAUAAAGGAAAUCAAGGUUCAAGAAAAAGUGCAUCCGCUCGUGGCCAAACGCAGAACCUGGGCUAAGUAUGGGAAAGAGAAAAACACCCCUCCAGGACCUGACACCAGAACCACGCAGUUGGGAGAAAUCGUCGAGUUGAAGUUGGGUACCCAGUGGAAAGAAAUGGAAAAGCAAGAAGAAGAAGAAAAGGCUCAACAAAGUGCACAAGUGAUUUCUAACCAAAGAAUCAAAUGUAGACUUUGUGGAGGAGACCAUUUCACCUCCAAAUGUCCGUUCAAGGGCACCUUGGGAGACGCCGGAAAAGACGAAUCAUCUCUCAGCACCGCCGAUAUUGUUAUUGAUCCAUCUUCACCCGGUGCUCCUUCUAAAUUCGUUCCUAGACACAUGAGAAGAGAUGCUGAAGGUAACUUACCCGCCAGAGAUAGCUCCGCCAGAGACGAUUCCACCACAUUAAGAAUCUCGCAAUUGAAUACGCUUGUCGACGAGCACAUGGUCAGAAACGAGUUACUUGCAGCAUACGGACCAUUAGAAAGAGUGGCCCUUGUGAGAAAUAGAGACACUGGAAUCUCUAGAGGGUUCGCGUAUGUGUCUUUUGCUACCGAGCAAUUGGCCGAAAGAGCGUUGAACGACUUGAACGGUAAGGGUUACCAUUCGUUGAUUUUACACAUUGAGUGGUCUAAGAAGAAGAAGCAGUAGUUGUGUGUACAGUAUAAUAUAUGCUAGUUG